AUGAAAUCUGAAAAUAUUGAUAAUUUAACUGCUAUCACACUUUUACUUUCUACAAUGAUGGGCACAGGAAUUACAUUUAUGCCUUAUGCAUUUAAUUCUGUGGGAUACAUAACAAGCUGGUUGAUUCUUUCAUGGGUGUCUUUUUGUACAUUUGUCUCUUUGUUGUGUAUUUCUUAUGUAGUUAAAAAUACGGCAGAUGCGAAUAAUACGCUUACUUACACAUCCAUCGGUAAAAGGGUAUCAAAAUAUGUACACUAUUGUGUUAAUAUUUCUAUUUUCUUUAAUUGUUUCUUUUCUAAUAUUUCAUUUUACAGAUUUCUUACUGAUAUUAUUGUUGAGGCCUUUCCUUUCUUUAAAUGGCAAUAUUUUAGAAAACUUGUAGCAUUUAUGCUGUUUCCAUUACUUUUAUAUUUCUGUCUGAAAAAAGAAAUUGUAAAUUUGAAAAAACAAUCUUGGAUUUCUACAGCAUCUGUAUCUUUUCUAGCCUUAUUAAUUGUAUUUUAUUCUUAUGCAUUUGGAUCACAGAUAUAUAAUUCUAAUCCACAGCCUUACAAUUAUGAUUUUAAAUAUGGAAUUCCUUUUUUUAUGCCGACUAUGGUCUGUCAGCCUUCUAUGGUAAAAAUAGUGCAACAGUUGCGAAAUAAAACAUGGAAAAAUAUUAUAUUUUUAUCUGCUAUGACAUCAUUAGGUGGACUUUUUAUUUAUGGUAUAGUAGGACAUUGUGGAUAUAAAGUCUUUGGAUCUAAGAUAAACAGUCAUAUAGUUAAAGAAUUCUAUACACAUAAUUCACUAAUUAAUGUUUAUAUGAGAAAUUAUACAAUAGACAGAUUCAAUCUUAUUUCUAAGUUAGCUAUAUACAGCAUGAUGUUUGUACUAGGAUCUGGAUUUCCACUACAAAUGGUUCCUGUGACUGACAUGUUUAUGCAGUUUAUUUUUAAAGAUUGUAAAAAUACUAGAAAUAGAACCUUUGUAACAGUUAUUCUUUGUACUGUUUGUUUAGGAUUUGUAUUAAUUGAAAAUCUACGAAUUAAACUUAUUAAAAGAGUUAAUGGUGCUCUUUUCUCUACUUCUGUUAGUUUAAUAUAUCCAUUCUUGUACUACAUAUCAAUGCGUAAAGGAAAAGGAAUAACAUGUAUUAUACCUAACAUGAUAUAUUGGGUUACGUGCUUAAUAAUUAUAUACAUACUUAGUACAAUAGUAAGAGAUUUGUGGAAUAAUGAUCCUCAACUUUUUAAUUAA